AUGACGACAAAUCGUAAUAUCAAUGAACUGUAUUGUGAAGCGUGUGCCUGUAUGGAACAAGGCCUUUGCUACGAUGAAAUCGAUGAUAUCGUUAGUUUUGCGUAUUUGUGUUUACAGGAAAAUGCAUUGGCAUUUUAUGAUCGAAGUUUGCUGCUUAUAAAAGAAGCGGCGAAGGAAAAAAAUUAUAAAAAAAGCGAUAUGUACAAAGUGGUGAUGGAAGUUAAGAAUCGCGUGGAAGCAAGGAUAAAAGAUUUGAAGGCGAGUAAGAAAAAAAAACAAGUCAAAGAUGAAACAUUGGAUGUUAAAAAAAUGAAAAUGGAAAAUGAAGAGAACAAAAAGGAGCUAAAAAAGCAGAUCGAAUCAAUGCACACAGUAGAGGCAGAUUUGGUAUACUACAUACCAGAUGGUGUGCAGCUUUUUAUCAUUGAGGUUGGUCCGUGGUCAUAUCCAUUGGUUCGUGGAAAGACACCAGUUCUCAAAAAUGAUUUUGGCGCAUAUAUUGUGUCGAAUCCAACUCCAGAACAUCCAGAUAUGUUUGUUGGGAUUCUUUUGCCUGAAAAUCUGGACAAGAAAGAUGAAGAGGAUUUCUAUUCGAUUUUGAAACAUCACACCGAGAUACGAACCCAAGAACUGUCUCACCAAAUGAGUAAAGAAGAAAAGGAACAUCUUAGUCAGAAAAUUGGCGAUUUUUUGAUGAGAGGUGGUGAUUAUUUGGCAACAAAUAUAAACCAUGUUGCUCAGAAAACAUCCAAAAUCGUGUCUGAUAAAUCGUCACAAAUUCGCUCUUCACUUGCACAAGACCAAGAACCUAUGCAAAUAAAUCCUGGCAUCAGAUUCGUAGAUAAAAUUGGUGAUAUGGGUAUAUCAAUUGGGAAAGCUUUAGCAUCUGGUGCAGAGAAACAUCUCGGUGAUAAAGAGAGUGGUAUUGUUCAUGGUACGGUUUAUGUAUUAGGAAGUGGCAUCACCAGUGCAAGCACUAUUUGGAUUGCUCUUGAAAAUGCCUCUAAGACAAUGGCUAAAAAUAUUGCUGAUGAAACAGUAGAUACUGUGAGACAUAAGUGGGGUAAUCAGGCUUCAAUAACAGCACAUGAAGCACUAUACGCAACCGGUCAUACUUCUCUGGCUGCUUUGCAGCUUUGGGAUCUUGGCCCACGAUCUAUUGCUGGUCGUGCAGCUCGUAAAGCAGGCACGCAAUUUGUUACUGAUUUAUAUAAGAAAUCGACCACACAAAUGGAAGAUACAGAGAAGAAAAGCGGUCAGGACUAA